AUGUUUACGGCAAAUAAUAAUAUUAAUUUUUAUCCUUAUGGCAACAAUAAUUACGAUCCCUAUAAAUCUCAUAUAGGAAAUGAUAAAGUUAUGGGAAAUUCAAAUUAUUAUGAAUCACAAUAUUAUUCAGAUGGUGGUUUAAAUUUAAUGCAUUCUCAUAAAAAUAAAAAUGAUAUACCAUAUAAAGGACAACAUAAUUAUCCGUAUGAUACAUUUAUUCAGAAUGAUAUAAAUAAUACAUCUUUAAAUUCAUUCUAUGAGACUAAAAUUAAUCAAAAUAAAAAUAUGUUGCAUAAUUUUAAUCAUAAUAAAUCCUCUGAAAAAGAUAUAUAUUCAGAUGAUAAUAACAAUAAUCAUAGCAUAACAAUUAAAAAUACAAUCAGAAAUAAAAAUAACAAAAACAGAAUUAACAAAUGUAAUGAACAAGUGUGUGAAUUUAAUGAUGUUAAUUAUAAUUUGAAUUGUGAAGAUAAAAAUAGUUAUAAUACACAAAAAAAUGAAAGAAAUACUAUAAUAAAUAUUACAUAUGAUGAUAAAUCAAGCGAAAAUGAUUAUGCAGAAAAUAAUGAACAAAACAUUCCUAGAUUGCAAAAAAUAAAAAGACCUAAAAAAAAAUUUAUGGGGAAAUAUUUUUUUUCCGAAAUAAAAAACAGUUUUUUAUCACCCUUGCAUAUCUGUGCACCUCAUCCAAUUUUAACUGUUCCUAAUUUUAAUUGUAUUCAUUAUAGAAUAGAUGAAAAUACAAAAGGUAGAAAAAACGAAAAACCAGAAAUUGUCGUUAAAUAUUAG